CAAACUCAGCCUCGUUCAUCACAGAACAGCAUCCAGAUGAGCUUACUGAAAAUUUUACAAGCAGUCGAGCAGCAUCACCGUUUUGAAAUGAAGACCUUUCUGACAAUUUAUAUUGCGACUCUCGUUUGUCGUGUCGCUGAAAUGUCAUCGCUGCAUCCAAGUCAGAGAGAGGACGUGAUGGGGAAGUAUUCCUUCAUGAAUAGAUAUCAGUGUGAACGACUUUGUUGGUACCGGAAACUGUGUAAGACCUACACUUACAUCUACAACAGGACCCUGGCCACUGAUGGUAACUGUGUUCUACACGCUGACAACAUCGCUACAAACAAAACAAGCGGUGUUUCUACAGACUGGGUCGAAAGGGAAGCUUUCUGGGACGAAGCACUUCAAGACAACGGUUGUCGCAACCGCACAUGUAAUGAUACCCAGGUGUGUGUGCCCACCUUUGCGUCGCCCUUCUACGCGUGUCUGCCUCUUCCUGCAGAAUGCCAAGCGCCCCCUCGAGAUGACGGUGUCUACAGUGAUGUGACACUACUCCAGGGUCAAAGGACAAACUUCACGUGCAACUCGUCUCUGGUAUGGGCUCCACGUCACGCCGACAAGACGGUCACGUGUCAAGUCAACGGCAAGUACAGCGAGCUGAAGGGGACGUGUAAAAACGCCACCUACUACUCACCGAGCGUGCCAUUCAACAAGCCACUACCGGAUGUCGUCGCAAAAGAAUGGGAGGCCUGCUUCAAGGGUAACUUCACCGGACGUGAAAGAAUGACCUUCAACUUUCACGACAGCCAGGAUGGUUCGUGUGAUUCCAGUCCUGCUGGUCGUGGCAACAUUUACCUUUGUCUUGAUUUUCGUUACAACUUUCAUGCAACACAAAAAGUAUUAUACUUCCCCGCUCUGAAUGAGUGUUCCUGGCCCCCUCGUGAUGAAAUAGGAGAUCUUCCUCUACGCCCCAAUGACUACUUUGAAAUUACUCUGAGAAUCUUGUUCAACAACACAAUGCAGAUUAUCUACAACAAUCUCACAACCCAACAAGUCGACCUGGCGUCAAACAUCAACUUGACAAACGCCACGUACUUGGAGAUUCUGCGUGAUGUCAGUCUUUCCUACGUCAACCUCGGCAGAGGAUGUGACUAG